CAUGAACCCGCGUCCCCUGCAUCGGCAGGCGGACUUUCAACCACUGCGCCACCAGGAAAGCCCCUCAGUUGUUUUUGAACUAAUGAUCUUGGCCUGCUGUGAAGAAAAUGGAAUCUAAUGUAAAUCAAGAUGGGGUGCCUAGACCAUCUUAUGUUUUCAGUGCUGACCCAGUUGCGAGGCCUUCGGAAAUAAAUUUUGAUGGCAUUAAGCUUGACCUCUCUCGUGAAUUUUCCUUAGUUGCUUCAAACACUGAGGCAAACAGUUUGGAAUCCAAAGAUUAUCUCCAGGUUUGUCUUCGAGUAAGACCGUUGACACAGUCAGAAAAAGAACAUGAGUCUGAGGGCUGUGUGUAUAUUCUGGAUUCACAGACCAUUGUGCUGAAGGAUCCUCAAAGUAUCCUUGGUCGAUUAAGUGAGAAAAGCUCUGGGCAGAUGGCACAGACAUUCAGUUUUUCCAAGGUUUUUGGCCCAGAAACUACACAGAAGGAAUUCUUCCAGGGUUGCAUUCUACAGCCAGUUAAAGACCUCUUGAAAGGACAAAGUCGGCUGAUUUUUACUUAUGGGCUAACCAAUUCAGGAAAAACUUACACAUUUCAAGGCACAGAAGAAAAUAUUGGCAUUCUACCUCGAACUUUGAAUGUAUUAUUUGAUAGUCUUCAGGAAAGACUGUGUACAAAGAUGACCCUUAAACCACAUAGGUCCAGAGAAUACUUACGUUUAUCACCAGACCAAGAGAAAGAAGAAGUAGCUAGCAAAAGUGCAUUGCUUCGACAAAUUAAAGAGGUUGCUAUGCAUAAUGACAGUUAUGAUACUCUUUAUGGAAGUUUAACAAACUCUUUGAAUAUCCCAGAGUUUGAAGAGUCUGUGAGAGACUGUGAACACGCGAGCUUGAAUAUGGAUAAUAAUAUAAAAUUUUCUGUGUGGGUUUCUUUCUUUGAGAUUUACAAUGAAUGUAUUUAUGAUUUAUUUGUUCCUGUCUCAUCUAAAUUCCAAAAGAGAAAGAUGCUACGCCUUUCCCAAGAUGUAAAGGGCUAUUCUUUUAUAAAAGAUCUACAGUGGGUUCAAGUAUCUGAUUCCAAAGAAGCAUAUAGACUUUUAAAACUAGGAAUAAAGCACCAGAGUGUUGCUUUCACAAAACUGAACAAUGCUUCCAGUAGAAGUCACAGCAUAUUCACUAUUAGAGUAUUACAGAUUGAAGAAUCGGAAAUGCCUCGUGUAAUGCGAGUCAGUGAAUUGUCUUUAUGUGAUCUUGCUGGUUCAGAACGAAGCAUGAAGACACAGAAUGAAGGUGAAAGGUUAAGAGAGACUGGGAACAUCAACACUUCUUUAUUGACUCUGGGAAAGUGUAUCAAUGUUUUGAAGAACAGUGAAAAGUCAAAGUUUCAACAGCAUGUGCCUUUCCGGGAAAGUAAACUGACCCACUAUUUUCAAAGUUUUUUCAACGGUAAAGGGAAAAUAUGUAUGAUUGUCAACAUCAGCCAAUGUUUUCUUGCCUACGAUGAGACACUCAAUGUGUUGAAGUUCUCAGCCAUUGCACAAAAAGUUUGUGUUCCAGACACUUUAAAUUCCUCUCAAGAGAAAUCAUUUGGACCUGCCAAAUCUUCUCAAGAUGUAUCACUAGAUAUUAAUAGUUCAGAUAAUAAAAUACUAAAUGAAAAGAGAUCCACAAUUUCAUGGGAAAAUAGUCUAGAAGACGUGGUGGAAGAUGAAGAUUUGGUUGAGGAUCUAGAAAAAGCUGAAGAAAAGCAAAAUGUGGAAAGUGAAUUUACUGAUGAAGAUCUAGAUAAAACAUUAGAGGAUGAUAAGGCUUUCAGUAGCCAUGAGGAGAAGAGAAAACUUUUGGAUUUAAUAGAAGACUUGAAAAAAAAACUAAUAAAUGAAAGAAAAGAAAAGUUAACAUUGGAAUUUAAAAUCCGUGAAGAAGUUACACAGGAGUUUACUCAGUAUUUGGCUCAACGGGAAGCUGACUUUAAGGAAACUCUCCUUCAGGAACGAGAGAUAUUAGAAGAAAAUGCUGAAUGUCGUUUGGCUAUCUUCAAGGAUUUGAUUGGUAAAUGUGACACUCAAGAAGAACCAAACAAUGAAGAUCAUGCCGUGAAAGCUGAAACUGAAGAAGCUAUUGCUUGUUUAGAAUUAAAGUUUAAUCAAGUUAAAGCUGAAUUAGCUAAAACCAAAGAAGAAUUAACCAAAACCCAGGAAGAGUUAAAAAAGAGAGAAAAUGAAUCAGAAAUUAAUUUAAAUUCAUUGGUUCAAGAGCUUGAGAAGUCUAUUAAGGACAAUGCUGGUACAUCUACUUUAAUAAUAAACAAUAAAUUGGUUUGUAAUGAAAUGAUUGAAAUGUCUAAGGACAGCAAAACUAAAACCUAUUCAGGAAGAAAAAGAUUAAAUGAAAUUGAACUUCAACAAGAUGAACCACCAGCAAAGAAAGGACCUACACAUGUUAGUCCAGCCAUCACUGAAAACCAAAAGAAAAGUGAAGAAAUGCAAGAGAGCAUUUCAGAAGAUGAGGAAAACAUUAGAGUUUUACAAGAAAAUAAUGAAGAGCUGAAAACACGUUUACUCAUUGUUGAGAAUGAGCUUAAAAAUGAAAAGGAAGAAAAAGCAGAAUUAAAUAAACAGAUUGUCAGUUUGCAGCAGGAACUCUCUUCUUCUGAAAAAAAGAGUUGUAGUUUUAGUGUAGAGGUCCAACAAAUUCAGUCGAAUUAUGACAAUGCGAUUUCUGAAUUACAUAUGCAGAGAGGUAUAAAUCAAGAACAGGAGGAGAGGAUCAUGAAAUUAUCAAAGGAGAUAGAAACUGCUAGAAGAAACAUCACAAAUAAUGUUUCACAAAUAAAAUUAAUGCAAGCAAAAAUAGAUGAAUUGCGUACACUUGAUUCAGUUUCUGAGAUCUCAGACAUAGAUUUACUCAAUCUGAGGGAUCUGUCAAAUGGUUCUCAAGAGGAUAAUUUGCCAAAUACACAGUUACAUCUUUUGGAUAAUGAUUAUUUGAUAAGUAAGCAAGUUAAAGAAAAUGGUAUUCAAGAACUUGGUAGGGAAAGGUCUUUCCACUCUACUGUUGAAGCCAUUUGGGAAGAAUGUAAGGAGAUUGUAAAGAGUUCCUCCAAAAAAAGACAUCAGAUCCAGGAACUGGAAGAACAAAUUGAAAAAUUACAGGCAGAAGUAAAAGACUGUAAAGAUGCAAACAAUAGACUAAAAACGGAGGAGAGGGAGAAUAAAGAUCUACUAAAAGAAAAAGAAAGUCUUAUACAGCAGCUGAAGGAAGAAUUGCGAGAAAAAACUGUUGGUCUUGAUAUUCAAGUACAGCAUGUAGUUGAAGGAAAGAGAGCACUUUCAGAACUUACUCAAGAUGUUACUUGCUAUAAGGUGAAAAUAAAGGAACUUGAAGCAAUGUUAGAAACUCAGAAAGAUGAAUGUAGCCGUUCAGCCAAGUUAGAACAAGAAAUUAUGGAAAAGGAAUCUAUCAUUUUAAAGCAAGAAAGAAAUCUGAAGGAAUUUCAAGCAAAUCUUCAAGAUUCUAUCAAAAACGCCAAAGAUUUAAGUGAAAGGGAAGUCAAAUUGAAAGAAGAAAUCACAAAAUUAACAAACAAUUUGCAAGAUGCAAAGCAUUCACUUCAAUUAAAGGAAGAAGAAAAAGAAACAAACUGGCAAGAAACAGAAAAGUUGAAAGAGGAGCUCUCUGCAAGUGCUGCUCUUACCCAGAAUCUGAAAGCAGAUCUUCAGAAGAAGGAAGAAGAUUAUGCUGAGCUGAAAGAGAAACUGGCGGAUGCCAAAAAGCAGAUUGAGCAAGUACAGAAAGAGGUAUCUGUAAUGCGUGAUGAGGAGAAAUUGUUGAGGAUUAAAAUUAAUGAACUGGAGAAAAAGAAAAACCAGUGUUCUCAGGAAAUAGAUAUGAAACAGCGAACCAUUCAGCAACUUAAGGAGCAGUUAAGUAAUCAGAAAGUGGAAGAAUCUAUACAGCAGUAUGAGAGAGUGUGCAAAGAUCUAAGCGUUAAAGAGAAAAUAAUUGAAGACAUGCGAAUGACCCUAGAAGAACAAGAGCAAACUCAAGUAGAACAGGAUCAAGUGCUUGAGGCUAAAUUAAAGGAAACUGAAAGACUGGCCACAGAAUUGGAAGAAUGGAAGGAAAAAUGCAAAGAUUUGGAAACCAAAAGCAAUCAAAGGUCAAAUAAAGAACUUGAGGAUAACACAGAUGUACUUAAUAUAAAGCUCAGUAAGCUUCAAGAUGAGUUACAGGAAUCUGAACAGAAAUAUAAAGCUGAUAGAAAAAAAUGGUUAGAAGAAAAAAUGAUGCUUCUCACUCAAGCAAAAGAAGCUGAGAAUCUACGAAACAAAGAGAUGAAAAAAUAUGCUGAAGGCAGAGAGCAUUGUUUGAAGCAACAAAAUGAAAUGGAAAUGCUUCAAGCACAGUUGGCUGAGAAAGAUGGUAACCUCCAACAGUGGCGGGAAGAACGUGAUCAGCUGGUAGCAGCUUUAGAAAUACAGCUGAAAGCACUGAUCUCCAGUAAUAUACAGAAAGAUAAUGAAAUUGAACAAUUAAAAAAGAUCACAUCAGAAACUUCUAAAACAGAAAAACAGACCAUGGAUAUCCAGCCCAGACAUACGAGUUCAAUGGAUCCUGGCAGGGUUGAAACUGAACCUCAGUCAACAAGUUUUGGCAGGGUUGAAACUGAACCUCAGUCAACAAGUUUUGAAAUUUCCAGGGAUGAAGUAGAAGAUGGAUCUGUAGUCCUUGACUCUUGUGAAGUGUCAACAGAAAAUAAUCAAAGUACUCGAUUUCCAAAACCUGAGUUAGAGAUUCAAUUUACACCUUUACAGCCAAACAAAAUGGCAGUGAAACACCUGGGUUGUACCUCACCAGUGACGGUUAAGAUUCCCAAGGCCCGGAAGAGGAAGAGUAAUGAAAUGGAGGAGGACUUUGUGAAUUUUGAAAAUAAGAAGAAUGCUACACCCAGAACGAAUUUGAAGUCCCCUGUUUCUGAGCAUGGAAAUUCUUCUGUCAAAAAGGAACAAAAGGUUUCCACACGCCCAUCAUCUAAGAAAACUUAUUCUUUACGGAGUCAGGCAUCCACAAUUAGUAUAAACGUGCCUGCUAAGAAAAAAGAAGGAACGCUACAGAAAUUUGGAGAUUUCUUACAACAUUCUCCAACUAUUCUUCAAUCAAAAGCAAAGAAGAUAAUUGAAACAAUAAGCUCUUCAAAGCUCUCAAAUGUAGAAGUAAGUAAAGAAAACGUGUCUCGACCAAAACGGGCCAAACGGAAAUUAUACACAAAUGAAAUUUCAUCUCCUAUUGAUAUAUCUGGCCAAGUGAUUUUUAUGGACCAUAAAGUGAAAGAAAGUGAUCAUCAGAUUCUCAAACGACGACUUCGAACCAAAACAGUCAAAUAAAUCACUUAUGGAGAAUGUUUUAAUAUAAAAUUUAUAUUCAUAAUCAUUAUAACUUGCAUCCUGACCUUUUAAAGAUAAUUGUAUAUACUAUGAUGCAUCAAAUCCCUUUGUGUGUA